UAGCCAUGUUGGCGUCGUGCACCUUCAUACUUGCUUUGUCGGUUGCGACGUUUGUGCACACCAACUCCUUCACACGCAACAUUCCGGGCGAGAAAGUGUAUUGUGAGUAACCAUUUGUUUAGCAUCGAGUAAUUUCCUCAAUCCAUGCGUCUUCAAAGCCUUCAUAGACAAAGAUUUCCCAGAACACUUGCCGCUCGACCUUCCUGCCGUGCUCAUGACAAUGGAGGAAACCUGACAUUUGGGAUUUCCGGACCUGACGACAGUGAGGAGUGGGCAACAACUGUAACGUACGGAUUUGGAUACUUGCGCCUAGGCCAAGAGCAAAGACGCUUUGCGCUAUCAAUGUGGCAUCAGCUCCAUUGCCUGCGUCUGAUGCAGACAGCCUUGAACGGAUCAUGAUCAAGGCAUUCGAGGGUAUAUGCAGCCCUGUCUCACAUACCUCCGGCAGAUGAUCCUCUGUAACCCCGACUUGACGCUUGAGCCCGCUGAUGUGCUCACUUGGGACCACGAGAUCAAGCGAACAGGUGCUACCCAUGUCUGUAAAGAUUGGUCAAAAGUGCACGAUGCGAUGCGACGUAAUUAUAACGAUACUGUGCCUAGAAAGAUGCAGGAUAAUCACGGUAAUCCAUGAGGUCUUG